ACUACUUAUUUGUAUAUAUAUGUUAAAUCGUAAAUAAAACAUUUCGUGGCUUUUUAUGGCAUUGGUUUUUUUCACUUAUUCAUCCUUUUAUGUUUGUUGUUAUUGUAGUGUAUAGAGUGUACGAAAAUUUUGAAGGCGUACGCGUCACUGGGAACGAGACUUCUUGUCGUCAGCGCUGCCGCUCCGUAACGAAGCAACCACGCUGAUGUAAAUUAGUAAAUAACAAAUUUAUAUUCGGCCAAUGGACUGACACAACUUUUAUCGAUCGCUCGAAAGCCAGAAAUCGUCCAGCUUUAGUCGUCAAUUUGUAUGCGUUUUCUCCGUUUUGUUUUGGCCUGCACAACAGCACAACAGCCCGACAAUCAUGCAGCAGCCCGAAGAAAUUCAGUCCGAAACCCCAUCUACUAAUCCUUUCGACGACGGGGAACAUCCUGCUCCGUCCACUACUAAUCCCUUUGGUCACGACCACGAGAUGGACAACUCGGAACCCACCCAGCAGCCCGCAACGUCCAGCAGUGAAGUGAGUAGUGGGCAGAACGAUGCAGAGACGCUCUCGGGUUCUAGCGCUUCCACGAAUCCUCCGCCGCAAGCCAGCGCGGAAGAGCAGGGUCGCUAUGAUGACGCACGCAAGAAGAUGCAGUCGGAGGUGAUUAACGGCAACAGCAGCAGCACCCCUGGCAGCAAACGCAAGACCCCGGAGGAGCUGGCUAAGCUGCCCACCCGCAGCUAUCUGGAUGAGACAGUGGUACCGUGUCUGCUCGUGGGUAUGUCGGAGUUGGCGCGCCAGCGACCAGCGCGUCCGCUGGAGUAUUUGGCCAAGUUUCUCCUGCGCGAGCAAGAGCAGCAGAACCUAGCGGAGAGUGGAGGUGAUGCGCCGGAGGAGCAGAAGAAAGACACGCAAAGCGGCAGCAGCAACAAGGUGGAUGCAGAAUCGUAACUGUGGAGUUGUGUGCACAUUCCACAUUGAUUGUUUCAGGGUCGAAUCCAGUAGGCUCGGCUACGUGGCGUAAGUUUUCGGAUCUUUUGAUUUUGUUGAUUUGAAAUGCUUUGUUGUUUAGAAUACUGUAGGUGUAUAACCGUGUAUUCGAUAAGCGAUUUCGUUUAUGUAGGAAGGUGUUGCGUCAGGUGAUGUUUGGCGUUCUUCGUUUAUUUACUGACAUUGUGUCAUUUUCAUUUCCCAGUACGGUAAAAAGGUGCAUUUGGCAUAAUAUGAAAUCUUGGUUGGUUUUAUACGCACUUGCACUGUUUAUGGGCUCGACACUUUUUGUUGCAAUUUUUUCUGUACUAAUGGACCAAAAUCUUGCGAAUAUUUGUCCAUUGAAAGCGUUUUCAGCAUCUGAGCACAUCUCCAGACCUUCAGGACCUCA